AUGGCCACAGCAACGACGAGCCUUACGAUGCAGCAGCAUGGGACACUUCCUCCUUUUCCAGAGACUCUCAGCCAUGCGCCAAUUGCCGAGAUCUCCUCCCGGAAGCUUCUGGCUAAAGAUCUUGAGACCACAGCAGCUGUCUGGAAGGCAUGCCAGACCUAUGGCUUCUUCUACCUUGACAUGACCGAUUCCGACCAAGGCUGCAAACUGGUCGCAGACGCCGAACAGCUCUAUGGCCUCAGCAAGGAAACAUUUGCUCUUCCCUUUCAGGAGAAGGACAAAUACGACUUUCGCCGGAGGAAAUCCUUCUUCGGGUACAAACCAUCAGGGAGUGUCAAGAAAACAGAUACAAGCCAGCGGCCCGACACCACCGAGUUUUUCAACGUCGGUAAAGACUGUCUCUUUGAUGUUGCACCGAGCAACCCCUAUCCCGACAUCAUCCAGAAUGCGAGGCCCUUACUGCGAGACUUCUGCAAGGGUGCUCAUGAGAUGGCUAUGGAGAUCCUCCGCACGCUUGCUCGCGCGGCAGACGAGGACGAAGAGAUCUUUGUCAACCUCAAUCGUUUCGAGGAGUCAUCAGGGGACCACAUCCGCCUCACACUCAAGCGUCCGUCCGACGAGAAAAAGUCUGAGAUUGGACUUCCGUCUCACACAGAUUUUGGCAGUGUUACUAUCUUGUUCAACUGGCUCGGCGGGCUUCAGAUUGAGUCCCGGACUCCCGGACGCAUUGGGGAGUGGGAAUACGUCAAGCCCGUGCCCGGGAAGGCGAUCAUCAACCUUGGAGAUGCCAUGGUCUCGUUCUCGAACGGUGCACUGAAGAGCGCGAAACACCGCGUGGUGGAGUCUCCUGGAGCACAGGCCGGUAUUGAGAGGGUGAGCGUCGUAUACUUUGUGCGGCCAACACACCACAGCCUCAUGAAGCCUGUGGGAAAAUUCGACAGUGGAGGCAGUCGAGUCAAAGUGGGCGGAAAGUUCUCGGACGGUAUCGACGAGAAAGUAUACACGGCGAAAGAAUGGCUUGAGGAGAGGUUCGUGCAGCUGUCGCAUUCGAAGGAGUGA